AUGUCCGAGUCUCCCAGAUCCGAGCGGUACACGUACCUGACCCGGUACAGCACCCCGGUCCCCGAAUUGGACGACCACCGUCACCAAAUGCAGACGCCGCCGCGCAUUGCGACCCCGAUUGAGCGGUCCUACAGCCCUCAUAAUGUUCAGGCUCCGAUCGAAUACCCCGAGCGUCCCGACCUGCUCAACGCGCAAGAUGCUUUGAGAGAUGGUCCCGUCUUCCGAGACUUUGAAAACGCCGUCAUUGACGAUGAUCGAUCCCAUGAUCCAAAUGGGAUUCCCCAACGCUUCUCGGUCGACCCCGCUGCCAAUUAUCAAACCCCUCGUCGCAUCAGCAUUGUGAAUCAUGAUCUGGCCAACGCUUCCUGCACCUCGUCUGUCUCCGCUCGCUCCUCCUCUCCCCCCAAUUCCGUCGAGGCUUUCGCCGACCCCCGUCGCCGCGAACGUGCCAAUACCCUGGACAGCAUUGCGCCCCCCGAUCUCGAAGCGAUUCUGCAGCGCACUGUGUCCGGUGGCACGAACAACCGCCGCCCAACAUUUAGCAACGCUAGUGCUAUUCGACCCCAGCUGGGCGAUGUGCCAUUUGACACAGAGGAGGCAUGCUUUGACGAGCCAGGCCGUCCACCGAUGAUCGGUCGGCUUCCGGUGAUUGACUAUGAGGAAUUGGAGGAGUUUGUGGCUCUCACUCAGGGCACCAAGACGGCUGGUCACCGCAAACACAGCAUGAGCUCGCAGAGCAAGAAACCGCGCAUUUUCUGCGAUUUGCGCCCGGGGGCAGAAAGCCCCGAGGUUGGUGUAAUCAAGAAGACUGACUCGUCCGACUCGGAAGACGAGAAGGUUCCCAAGAUCACGAACGAGAAAGAGCUCGUUCAAAUUCUUCAGAAUACAAACGAGCCCACUCGGUUUGGCUUCUUUUCUUCCGAGUCUCAAACCACCGUGCACGCCGCCGAUCUAGGCGACCUCGUCUUGCCGGGCGAGACUUUCCGUGACCUCUUCGAGCUCGGUCCCGAAGGAGGUGUUUGGUGGCUCGAUGUCGUGAACCCCACGGACGACGAACUCGGCGCGAUCUCGCGCGCCUUCAACAUCCACCCGCUGACAACGGAGGAUAUCCAAACACAAGAAGCUCGCGAGAAAGUGGAACUCUUCAAGCAGUACUACUUUGUCUGUUUCCGUACUUUCUUCCAACAAGACAAGACUAGCGAGGAGUUCCUCGAGCCCGUCAACUUUUACAUGGUCGUGUUCCGGGACGGCGUCCUCACGUUCUCUUUCGUGGAUAACCCGCACGCCUCGAACGUCCGGAAGCGAAUUGGUAAACUUCGCGACUACGUCUCUCUCUCCAGCGACUGGAUCUGUUAUGCCAUGAUUGACGACAUCGUCGAUAGCUUUGGGCCUGUGAUCCGCGACGUGGAGCUCGAGUCUGAAGCCAUUGAAGAUCACGUCUUCAUUGCUCGAGUGGACGACUUUGAAUCUUUCCUCCCACGGAUCGGCGGUUUGCGUAAGAAAGUCAUGAGUCUUAUGCGAUUGCUCGGUGGGAAGGCGGACGUUAUUCGAGGAUUCUCGAAACGGUGCAACGAGCAGUACUCUGUGACACCGCGUGGUGAUAUUGGUCUCUACCUGGGUGAUAUCCAGGAUCACGUAGUGACCAUGAUGUCGAACCUGGCUCAUUUUGAGAAGAUGUUGAGCCGUUCGCAUACCAAUUACCUGGCCCAGUUGAAUGUCACCAAUCUGGUGCUUGGUAACCAUGUCAACAAAGUGCUGAGCAAGGUCACGUUGAUUGCGACCAUCCUGGUUCCAAUGAAUUUGAUCUGUGGUCUGUUCGGUAUGAACGUUGAAGUUCCCGGAAAAGAUACUCCGGGACUUGGCUGGUUCUUUGGGAUUUUAGGGGUGAUGGGGUUGAUUGUGGCUGUUAGUAUGGGUCUUGCUCGCUGGCAGAAGCUUGUUUAA